AUGGCUUCACGGACUUCACGGACAUCACGUCGCCAAAGCAGAGAAAUUAAUCCACCAGAAGAUGCUAUUGCGGGGGCGAGUGUUGGUGUGGAUAUAUCACGUCCGUGGUCACUUCCCCCAGUGGUUACAAAUUUUUCAGAGUCGGAACACUGGCAUUUAUAUUG